AUGAUAAGAUCUGUAGCAAAAUUUGAAAAGACAAGUCAAGGAAAACUUCACACACAUUGUGUUUUGACAUUUGCAAGAAAAGUGACUAUGAAGUUUGUAAAGCAGUUGGUUGAUUGUCAGAGGAUUUCUUUUCCACCUGGAGUUUUAUGUAAAGGAACAUCAAAAGAUAAUGAGGAUUACGUGUUAAAAAUUUGGGGUCGUUGUGCUAUUUACCACAAACCAAGAGAAGGAAAAUAUUGCAAGUGUAGUCUUUCUGUUAAGGAAGAUAUUAGUAAAUGUACUCUUUGCAAGAGAUCUUGCAUUGAAAAAAGAAAGAAAAAACAGUUAGAAGAGGAGGGUGCAGGACCAUUUAUCUUUGGGAAAUUUAGAUUUUUAGAAGGUGCAUCGGAUGAUACAGUCGACAAGCUUAAUAUGAUAAGAUUAGACAAUGAAUACAAGAAAGAAAAAAUACGUGAUGAUAAACUUGAUUCUGAUUAUUUAUUGUUGCAUUCAGAAUUACAUCCAACAACAUUUUAUGACUCAUAUCAAAAGAAUUUUUUAUUUUAUAGUGAUUCCGGAUCUGGAAAAACAUCAUUAAUUCAAAAAAUAAGCAAGGCAUUGGUAAAAGGAAGAGAUAUUUGCAAGAAGGCCAAUGAUCCAUUUCAAGAUCUGUUGAAUCUUUGUGAAAAAGACGAAUGUAUCAUCAAACAACGAAACAAAAAACCUAUAGAGGUUGUAUCAAAGUAUAAUAUUUUUACAGCCCAAGAUUUGUUUGAUGAUAUAUUUAGCUUUAGAAAAUGUUUUUUUGAUAAUAGAGUUUAUGUUAAAAGUAAGGAGUCAAGAAUAGCUUUAUAUAGGAGAUUUUCAAAAUCUUUAUUAGAAUCUGAUCAACCAGGUGACAUGUUAGAUUUUAUCAAUAGUAGAUUUCAUAUUAAGUUUGUGGAGGAUGUUAAUAUUGAAGAAGCAAAGAAAUACGUUUAUGAUGAUGAUUUUGAGAAUUUGUAUGAAUAUGAUGGUGAUGUUUUCAUGAAACGGGAGAUAGAUAUGAAUGUAGUAUUGGGUGGUGUGAUUGGAAAUAUAGAUGUUGACAAUCAAAGUUUUACUGUUUACAAUCGGUAUUGGAAUAGUGAACUUCCUUAUAAUAUUAUGGUCCCAGACAACAUAGAGUUACUACACAAAAAUUUACGUAACAAAUUUCAUUGGGUUGAUAAAAAACCUAUUAAUUUUAUUAAAAAUAAUACAGAAUUGAUAGUUUUAGACCCACAGAUAGAAUCAAGUAAAUGUAAAUUAGAUGAUACAGAAAUAGAAGAUAGAGAAAAAGAAAAACAUGUAAAACUAGAUGAUUUUUAA